CUUACGUCCAGUGAAUGUGUUUGCUUUCACUUAGAUAAUUCCUCUUUAUCCUCUAUUAUCUCCGUCGAAUAUGAAUAUUUAUCCAUUUAAAUCUGCCGUGCAUCCUAGACCAAUCCCGUGCUGUAUCUUUCACCUAUGUCAAGACUUUUUUCUUUAUAUAUUUUUUGGAUUUCUCCUGCUGGCAUGUCAUUCCUUGGGGUUCAGUUUAGAGACACUGCAUCCAAGAGUUUUCACUGUGCCCGAGGUAGGCUCUCAUUUCGGCCAUCAGGUUUGUCAUUUUGGACCAACGCAAGGAGACAGUGUGUUAGUGACGGCACCUAACCUUCAUAAUGGAACUGGUGGUCUUUAUAGGUGUUCUUACAGUGGUAAUCAGUGUAUGCUGCUCCCAGUGACAGUUGAUCCAGGCAUUGCGUUAGGUUUGGCUCUUGCCUGUGAUGAUGCUCAAGCUUUGGUGUGUGGUCCUCGUCUGAAGCAUAAAUGUGAGGGGUUUAACUAUCUUAAUGGUCAGUGUGUGGAGAUCAACCCACACUUCACUGCUGCUGACACACUGAAGCCAGCUUUCCAGGGUAUUGCAACACUUUUCUGAU